AUGGCAUCCAAAAAGAAGGAGCGAGGGCCUCCGCCGCAUUCCCGCUCUUGGCAGGCCCUGACGCCGCCGCUGUCGGAAUGGAUCCUCGACGCCGUUGCGGCGAUGGGCUUCACCCGCAUGACUCCCGUCCAGGCGUCGACAAUCCCGCUCUUCAUGGGCCACAAGGAUGUCGUCGUGGAGGCCGUGACUGGCAGCGGGAAGACCAUGGCGUUUCUGAUCCCCGUCGUCGAGAAGCUCCUACGCCUGGAAGCUCCGAUAAAAAAGCACCACGUCGGAGCUAUCAUUGUCUCGCCAACUAGAGAGUUAGCUGAGCAGAUAUAUAAAGUCCUUCUUUCCCUCCUCGCGUUCCACGCGCCCUCCGCUGCGGCCAUACAGCCUUCAACCUCCGAUGAGACGGCAGAUGGCGAAACCACCCUUCCCUCCUAUCCCUCCUCGACACUGAAAGUAGUUCCGCAGCUACUCCUUGGCGGUGCAACUACUCCCGCUCAGGAUCUAAGUACAUUUUUGAAACGCUCGCCGAACCUCUUUGUCUCCACUCCUGGCAGGCUCCUUGAACUCCUUUCCUCCCCGCAUGUACAUUGUCCUCAGACUUCUUUUGAAGUUCUCGUCCUAGAUGAAGCCGACAGGCUACUGGAUCUCGGGUUCAAGGAUGACCUGCAAAAAACACUUGCCCGGCUGCCGAAACAAAGGCGAACCGGUUUGUUCAGUGCCACCGUGAGCGACGCCGUAGAUCAGAUCAUCCGAGUUGGUUUGCGGAAUCCCGUGAAAAUUGCUGUUAAAGUAAAAGGGGCACCUGGCACAGAAGAGAAGCGUACCCCGGCAAGUUUGCAGAUGACAUAUCUCCUGACACGCCCCUCUCAUAAAAUCCCCGCCAUCAGGCAGAUCCUCAACUCGAUAGACAAUACACCACAGAAAACUAUUCUAUACUUUUCGACAUGUGCUGCAGUAGACUACUGGAGCCACGUCCUACCCUCCCUACUCCCCGAAAUAUUCGUCACCCUACCCCUUCAUGGAAAGCACCCACCUAAUGUCCGACAAAAGAACUUCAGCCGUUUUACCAAUUCAGUAUCUCCAUCGGUCUUACUAACCACCGAUGUCGCCGCUCGAGGAUUAGAUAUCCCGCUUGUUGACCUGGUAAUCCAGUUUGAUCCACCAACCGAUCCUAAGGCAUACCUCCACCGAUGCGGUCGUGCUGGCCGGGCUGGACGUCGUGGCCUAAGUGUCAUAUUGCUCUGUCCUGGCCGAGAAGAAGAUUACAUACCCUUCCUUGAAGUCCGAAAAACACCUGUAUCACUUCUUGAAUCUCCUCCGGUAGCCUUAUCCGACACUCUCGCGACAGAAGCAACAAGCAAAAUCCGGGAAACUGUCCUUCGUGACCGUGCAUUGCACGACAAAGCCCAGAAGGCCUUUGUCAGUUGGGUCCGCAGCUACACUAAGCAUCAAUCUAGUAGCAUCUUUCGUAUCACGGACAUAGACUGGGAAGAAGCAGGUCGCGCGUGGGGCUUGCUCAAGCUGCCGAAAAUGCCAGAGCUGCAGAAGUUCUCUGGGGACAGGACACUCGGAGUAACCCUGGACUGGGACAAAUAUUCCUACAAAGAUAAGCAGCGAGAGAAACACCGUCAAGAAUCUCUAAACUCUGCCACUACCCAUAACCCCUUGAAACGCCCCGCCCCAUCAUCCUCUUCAAACAACGACACAGCGCCAUGGAGCAAGACUCUCGAAAAGAAAUCCGACAAAGAAAAACGGCGCGAACGCAAACGCGCAAAGAAAGAGAGAGAACAUUGGGAGAAGAUGACGGAAGAAGAGAAAACCAAAUCUCGCGAGACACACCAGAUGCUUGAAGAGCUCCGGAAAAAGAACCGGCAAGAGCUCAACGCAAAAUCCCACACUUCUUCUAGCGUUCUUUCAAAGCCGCAAGAAGCGGAGCUCGAUGGCGAGUCGGAGUUCGAGGGCUUCGACUAA